AUGGGAGGCAAGAAUAAGAAGAAGGGUGCCUCCGGCGCCGAUGGGGUGGCCAGUUCGAGCAAGAAAAAGAAGGGACGGGGCGGCAUGAGCGACAAGCAAGAAGAGAACAGGACCAGAACCUUAGAGGACCUUAACUCUUCCUCAGCUUGGGAUCGAGAUGAUGCCGAAGACGAUGCGACACGCGAACCGGAUGACGUUGCCGAAACUUCCGAAGAGCCCAUCGAUUCCACUCCGACCAUAGAACAGGCACAGGAUAUAACUGAAACUGAGCCAGUCAAGAACGACGACCCGCAGGACGAGCUUCCACAGCAAGAGCCGGAUGUCGCGGAGACUGAGAUACCUUGGACGGCGACGCCGUCAACGCGAAAGAAGAAGGCAGACAACAGAUCAGACGCUGGAGAUGUCUCCAAUGAUACCCUUUCUAGCAUCGAAGCCCCUACUGACUCAUGGUCUUUUGGUGAGAAAGGCGUCACCGAUGAUGCGAAGUCUCAAGAUACUGGACAGCUCCAAGAUGCUACAAACUUUCAUGAGGAUCUCGGCGAUAAGCUCAAGCAUCUUUCGCUCGAAACACAGACGUUACAAGAAGACGUGAAAGUAACAGAUGGCAAAGAGAAGCACGAUACGAUCGUUGCAGCUGAUAACGCUGUGCGCCGGCCAAAGGUCGAGAAUGAAGCAGCACUUGGAAAUUCUAGCGACGAGUCAUCAGCUCCUCUCGAAGCUCAUCGGGCGCUGUCACCGUCGCCUCUUAAAGAACAGCUUGGAGAAACCCGUGAGCCUACUGAAGAUCAGGGAAACAAAGUACAAGCGUUGACCGAAUUGCCUCAAAAGCCGAAGCCCAACGAUGGACUUGCACCGCCUACUCAGGAAAUGGUGAAGCAGCCUGCGACUGCGCGACCCCUUUCUGAUAAGCCACAACUGCCGAGCAAACCUCAUUCCUCUGCUCAGGUUCAACACACCCAAACACCACCACCGGCACAGUUGCAGCAGUCUCCCAAGUCCAAGCCACCCACUCAGGUUCAACAUACCCAGACACUACUGGCACAGCCUGUCAAGGCCAAGACUGUCAUUCAGGCUCAAACACAAUUGCCGGCACAGCCACAACAGUCUAACAAGUCUAAAACUUCUGUUCAAGCUCAAGGUACCCAGACAGAACCAGGGACACCUCCGCUGCCCCCAGUCGAGCCUAAGAACCCCACCCAGGACAAAGGCACCCAAACAGAAAUAUGGACACCUCCACGGCCUCCGGUCAAGCCCAGAGCUCCUACCCGAGACCAGGGCACGCAGACAGAGCCAUGGAUUGAGCCAGAGCCGCCGGCCAAAACCGAAACUAUCACCCGCAACCAAGGCGCCCAGACACAAGUUUCGUCUUCGUCAGCCCCAGAGCCAAAGUCUCAUG